AAUGCCACCAAACACACCAGAAGAGAAGUGAAGUGGUGGUCCAAUCUGGACCGUCCACCAUUUCUAUUACACAUGCCACUACUUAAGUUUUUCUUGUGACCCGGCUGGUCCACCAGGUUACAAGUUUGACCCAGAAUUUUUUUUUUUUUUUUGGGUCUUUUAACCGAACUGGACUAGUCUUAAGCCCGGUUUCCUAUCACCCUGGUCGGACCAAUAGAUCAAGUCUGAUUUUUAAAACAUUGAUAUAUAUACAUAUCACCACAAAAUAUACAAGAACACGGAACUGUGUUCCUCUAAACAACACAUUAAUCAAACGUUGCAGUUACGCAGGGGUUGGGAAAAAAAAAAAGGACUUCCCUGCUCAAUGAAUGGAAAUAGAAGCUUCUUCUAGAGCUACUCAAAAAAUUCAUCCCAGAAUUUGCAGGAAAAAAAAAACAAAUAAAAGACCUUUAAAUAAUAAGAAGACAGCAACUCAGUCUCAGGACAAACAAAUAGUCAGAUGAUCAAGUAAUUCAGCCUAGACUUUGUUUAAGGCAAAGCCAAAUAUGUCAAACAAAAUACUCCAACUUCAUUAUAUAUAUAAAUAUAGUUCUUGCAUUGUAGAUAAAUCAAAGCAACCAUGAAAACUAUCAUCAACUACAUUCUCUAUGUCCUUGCAUUUUUCUCAUGCACAUUUCUAUCAGCUUCCCAAAAUUUUGAUUUCUUCUACUUUGUUCAACAGUGGCCAGGGUCCUACUGUGACACUCAGCAAUCAUGUUGCUAUCCAUCCACAGGGAAACUGGCAGCAAACUUUGGGAUUCAUGGCCUCUGGCCUAACUUCAAUGAUGGAUCUUACCCUUCAAACUGUGAUCCAAACUCUCCUUUUGAUCCAUCUAAGAUUGCCGACUUGAAUAGUAGGAUGCAAGCAAACUGGCCAUCGCUUGCCUGCCCCAGCAGCAAUGGCAACACCUUCUGGGCACAUGAAUGGGAGAAGCAUGGAACAUGCUCGGAGUCGGUUCUCGAUCAGCAUGACUACUUCCUUGCUGCACUUAACCUGAAGAAACAGUAUAACAUCCUUGAAAUACUACAAAAUGCUGGUAUUGAAGCAAAUGAUGGAAGUUACAGCUUGAGUAGCAUAACUGAAGCAAUCAGUGGAGCAACAGGGUACACACCUGGAGUCGAAUGCAACACUGAUGAAGCUGGGAACAAUCAACUGUACCAAGUUUAUCUAUGUGUAGAUACUUCAGGAUCCAAUAUCAUUGAAUGCCCUGUGCUACCAUCUAGCAAGUGCUCCUCCCAAGUCCAAUUCCCAUCCUUCUAAGUCCUGGUUUCAUGCCUACUGAAUGUUAUCGUAAUUACGUACUUUAUUUGA